AUGGACCCAAAAUCGACAGCAUUCCAUCUUUACAAAUAAACAUUAAUUAGAAAGAACACUAACCCUAUUGGACAAAUCUAUAGUUACGAGCAGAAGGAUAAAAUUGGCCAAGGAGCAUACGGUAGCGUGUACAAGGCUAUACAUAAAGUAAGCAAAUAGGUUAGGGCAGUUAAAGUUAUAAACAAACUUAAUAUCAAAUAUAAGGAAAGGCUGUUAAGCGAGAUAACUAUAAUGGAGUUAUUGGAUCAUCCUAGCAUUUUGAGAUUAUAUGAAACAUUCGAGGAUGCAGAGUACUUAUACAUGGUUUUAGAAAUAUGCUAAGGAGGAGAUGUGUUUGAUAAGGUUCUAGAAAAGGGAUGUCUACCAGUAGAAGAUGCUUUUAAAAUAUUUAUUUAAUAUAUGCGAGCUGUUAACUAUUAUUAAGGGUUUAAAAUUGUGCAUAGAGAUUUAAAACCAGAAAAUUUUUUAUUUUAGAAAAAAAAUGAUUUAUCAUCUUUAACCUUGAUUGAUUUUGGUAUUGCAAAAAGGUGUGUUGACAAAUUAAAAACAAAAAGUGGCACAGCAUAUUAUGUUGCUCCUGAAGUUUUGGAUGGUUUAUAUGAUCAUAAAUGUGAUGUAUGGUCAGCUGGAGUUGUGCUUUAUGUAAUUUUGUGUGGUUAUCCUCCAUUCUAUGGUGAAAAUGAAAAGGAAAUACUUACAGAAAUUAAAACUGGUUCAUUAUAAUUUGAUGGCGAUGAAUGGUAAGGCAUUUCCCAAGAAAUUAAAGACUUUAUUAGAUCUUAAGUCUGUCCAGCUGAAAAGAGAGUUUUACCAAAGGAUUUAUUAAGUCAUAAGGUUAUCACUCAAUACAAUCAAAAAUUUGUUUAAGAUAAUAAAUUAUUAUCUAUGAUUACGCUUAAUUAAUGGGUCAAAUAUCAUCCAAUUAGAAGACUAGCUCUCUUUUAUUUAGCAACAUAGCUUGAUUCAAGUGAGUUAGUCAAUUAGAAAAAUUGCUUUUUCUUCAUAAAUACUUCUCAAACUGGAUUAAUAACUUAAUAAGAGUUAUCAACCUAUUUAAAAGUUAAUAAACAAGAUGUACAAAAAUUAUGGCCUUUUAUUGAUUGUAACAGCAAUGGCUACUUGGAUUAUUUUGAAUUUGUUGCUAUAACACUCACUUAGUAAGAAUUUGUAAAAUAAUUACAAUUUAUGUUCGACUUCUUGAGUUAGCAAGAUAAGGUCAUUUCUUAAAAGAGCAUCAAAUCUAUUUUCGAUUAGAAUGCUAACUUUAAUAAUAAAUGGGACAGCAUCUCAGAUACAAAAAACCAUUUGGCUAUAGUGAACUAACACGAAUAAUAAAUAAAUGUUAAAAAUAUAAUAGACAAAGAUAUGGAUUUCAAUGCCUUUAAAGCCAUAAUGUAGUGAAAUAUACAUUCAUAUAUCAAUAUAAAUAUAUAUAUAAUAAUUUAAGAUGCUUUGA